AUGGCGUAUCGUGUUCAACUCACCAAGCUCGAGCAACACGCCAGCAAUUUGCUCAAGGGCAACUUGUUGAAAAAGGCACCUGUAUGGCUCCAUGCCGUACGUGCUGUUCCUCCUGGACCUUCCAUUAUCCGUUCUCGCAACCCUAAUGCUAAUGUAUCCGCUCAUACCGACGUCGAAAAAGAAUUGUUCACCAACGCCAAACAACAGCAACAAGCAACCAGCAGCACACGUCAUAAACAAAAACAUUUACGCACGAGACCACCACGACCUGCUCAGAUUGUAUACCCUGAGGACAGAAUGAGACGUCAAUUCUACAAAGAUCAUCCAUUUGAAUUGGCACGACCGCAGUCGUUGGUUGAGAACAAGCUUGGUUUGAACCGUACCGACUAUAGUCAGUUGCUAUUGCCUGACAUGCUCCCCGAAGAAGUAACUGGUGAAACUGUUAUCAAGUAUCAAUUGCACUUGGUGACAAACGAAAAGAUGCCUGAACGAAAAGCAUACGCAAAAGCAACAUCCGAGUUCUACGAGAUCCGUGCACGUCAAGAAGAAGUCGAGCGACAGAUGCGAUCACAGAUGGAUGCCGCCCUUCAAGAAUUGGAGAGCAAAAAGUGGACAAGACAAGCUUUGGAGCUUGAAGAACGUGCCCUCAAAGAAGGCCAAGAGCGUGUUUCAAUCUAG